AUGAUUUUUACCUCAAGCCAUGCUUUCACAACACACGAGUCGGUUUCUAUCCUGCUAAAACGUGCUUCUAACGUCUGUACCUCGUACGUGCCGAAGGAGAAGCUCGAUCUAGGCACCGAUGAGGUGGUCCUUUUGAAGCGCCUCAUUGUCCAAUUCACGCCCUCUCUCCUACCUCCGAUCAAUCCUAAUGCAGACUCAACGAAACAAGAAAUCCUUUUGACUGUCACUUAUUCCCUCCAGGUACGUUCUGGAUUAAUAACUUCUAGCUUCCGUCCCACUGCCUAUUCUCUUCCCUCACCUUUGGGACGCACCAUGACUCUACCCCUCAAGCACGAGGUCACUUGUCUGCCAAAACCUCACCCAGGAGGCGAAAAUGCAUUGGAAGAACAGAGAUGA